AUGGGUCUCGUCGAUUGGGCGACGACGACCAGAGAUGCCAGCGAUGCGGGUUACCAGUCGGAGACGUUGCCCCACAUGCACUGCCACUGCGGCUCCCACGCAGUCACUGUGCAAUUGCGCCACAACGCAGUUGUCAAGAGACAUGCCGCGACCUCCAGGCUCCUCGGAAAAAGGCGUGGUAAACAGUAUGUCCCGGGUGUCGGCGGGAGUCUCGCGGCUGUACGUCCCAGGAUUGUCGCGACAUACGAGACUGGCGUCAUUGUGGAUGUGAACGUGCCCUUCGAAAACGACUUCCAAGCACUCAAGAAUGCGAAAAUCGCAUAG